CGCUGGAGAUGGAGCGAAGGGCGGUGGCCGCCGAGUGAGGGAUCAAAGCCGCUCGCGCUGGUGGGCGGUGUGUUUACCCCGGGCCACUACACUCCGCCCUGCCGCGGCCCAUAGAAAACUGUCUGCGGGCCGGAGGGAUGAAACAAGUGGAAGGAGAUGAAGCCGACAGGCACGGUGUGAUCGCUCCUCCAACACCGCCGCACACGUCGCUCCGCAUCCUCCGUGUGUUUGAGUAAACAGGACGAGCCAGACGCGCGCGUGUGUGCGUGUGUUUCUUUUUCUUUUUUUUGUUUUUUUUUUUUCCUUCUUCUUUCUGCGGCGCUGCGUCGGGAGCUUCAUGGCCGCGACACUGGCGAUGAGCGGCGGCGUGCAGCAGCAGCAGGAGGACCCCUUCUACCAGCUGCACAAGGCUGGCUGCUUCCCCCUGGAGGAGUCCGCGCUGUUCGGCCUGGACUGCAAGAUCCCCGAGCCGGACAAGGCUGGACCGCACGACUACACGCAGGCCAAGUGUGAGAUGGACAGGUAUCUCUCCCCUCAGCCUCUUCCCCUUCCGCCUGCCGCAGACAGCCAGCAGAAGCCACACAGGGACGGAACGUCUGCGGUGGAUCAGUUCUUCGCUGAAGACCAAAGCGGGGCCCCCUACACCCUCAACAUGAAUCUUUACCUCCCCAACGUGGCCUACCUGAGGAUGGGUCUGUCCCAGCAGGCGCGGGCCCCGCAGCACCUCAACCACACGGGCCUGGCUCAGAUCAAAACCGAGUCUGCCUCCUCGUGCUUCUCCCCCUCCAGCCUCCAGCCUCACUGCCCCAACACGACGCCCACGAGUAGCUGCUCCACAUCUGGGCACGGCCCCGGCCCCGGCGCCGGCGCCAUGGAAUCUUCAGCCAUAAACAUGACGUUAACAGGGUUACCGGACUUCACCAGUGUUUUCAACCAGUCGGGAGGCAGCCGGGCCGGCGGCGGUUCGGUGCCCGAGGUCUUCGUGAAGCAGGAGAUGCCGUCGCAGUACGAGCAGCACGCUCUUCACCAACACAGCGGCGGAUCCCUGUAUCAGCUCCUAAACUCCGGCUUGGAUCAACACCACGGCGGCGGCAUGGAGCCCCAGCAUCAGCAUCAUCAUCAUCAUCAUCAGCAGCAGCAGCAGCAGUUACAGCACACUUCCACCACCGCAAUCCACUCGCCUUUCCACGAUUUGCCCGUCGCCUCUUCUGCGUCACAACAGGAGCAAACUGCCAAGCCGGCGUACUGUAGCCUGGGCGGCGGCGUGUACACGCACCCUCACUCUCAAGCUCACCCGCAUUUCCUCCAGCAGCAGCAGCAGCAGGUGCCAUACCUUCCGCCCUCUCCGCCAAAUUCAGAGCCCGGCAGUCCCGACAGGCAGAAGGAGCUGCUCCACACCAUGUCCCCGCCGCCUUCGUACGCGGCGACCAUCGCCUCCAAGCUGGCAGGUAGCACCCCGGGACUGGGACCCGGCCCGGGACCGGGCGGCUUGGCCAUGUCCGUAACCACAGGUUCCUCGGCGGCUCCGGGCCAGGCCGCCGUCUUUCCCCACCCUCCGACGACGGCCCAGGCCCCGACCCCGGCGCCGAACCCCGCGCCAGUUCGCUACAACCGGAGGAACAACCCGGACCUGGAGAAACGGCGAAUCCACCACUGUGAUUACCCAGGCUGCAAGAAGGUCUACACCAAGUCGUCCCAUCUGAAAGCCCACCUCAGGACUCACACCGGUGAGAAGCCGUACAGGUGCACGUGGGACAGCUGCGACUGGCGCUUCGCCAGGUCGGACGAGCUGACGCGGCACUACAGGAAGCACACGGGCGCCAAGCCGUUCCAGUGCGCCGUGUGCUCGCGCUCCUUCUCCCGGUCCGACCACCUCGCCCUGCACAUGAAGAGGCACCAGAACUAGCGGCGUUUGCACACACACACACACACACACACACACACAAAACACACACACACACAUACACGUGCAAACACACAUCCUAGCACUAUCUUGACACAUGAAAGCACUCACUCCCAUUUUACCACGGCGUUGCGAGCCGCGGCGGCCCGCGUCCCGGCUCGCCUCGGUGCUGCUGUCGGGGGCUCGAACCGUACGAUGGCCCGACAGACGCGCCGUUCUUAAUCCAGAGCGGGACGGUGUGGAGGCUGCACAGCAGGAAGGGAGCGACCGGAUGAAGCUCCCGGUCUGUCGGCCUUCAAACUCACUGUAGCUGUUGGGUGGGACGAUGACGGAACGAGAGAAAACGGUAGCUCCACGGUGCGCUUUCCAGUCACUCCGACUCAUUUGUGGCUGGAAUGAAAGCAUUAAAACCACAUCUUGUCAUUAUUCUAAGGUAGAUCAGGCUUCCUUUUGUUUUAAUAAUGACAAAAAAAAAAGCUUUCGCAAAACUAUUCAAGCCAAAUAUUUGUUUACUCAUUGGUUUGUUAGUUUGUUAAAAUAACUGGAAUGUCCAGAUUUUUAUUUUUAUUUUUAAUCAAAUCCUUAGGUUUGCACUAGAAUUGCUAAUCCAAGUCUAAGACUUUUUCUCUUUUUUUGUUUUCUUUUAUUUUGACCCAUGUAUCUCACUCACCACUGGAACGAUCGUUAUCGCCACUGGACUGGAUGUCUGAGAAGGCCACACAAAUCAUCACUUUUCAGAUAUUAAAAAUUGAAGGCAUUUGUACUCUGGAGAGGGAAGAUAGAGCAAGGGGGGAAAAAAUGAGACGCGGGAGGUUGGAGAAGGGGAGAUAGAAAGAUUUGCGAUCAGAGAGAGAGAGAGAGAGAGAAGCACUGAGGACGACUGAGGAACAAAAGGAGGUGGAUGGAUGCUAAAGAGCAGCAAUUAGGUGAUGAAUUAUUCAGGUUGCCUUUCGAUGGAUCUCCAGCCAGAGAAAUGUAAGCAGAAUUCGUAGACGAAGCCCAGAAUUCAUUCACUUAAAACAGAAUCGACUGUAUUUGAUGCACAAGCUUGAAUUAAGCGUCUUUAAAAGACUAUUACUGUACACGUGUCUCGUCAGGCUUUUUACUUCUUUUAACCAAAGUAUCAUCUCCACGGUUGACACCUUAUUAAGUGCCUCCUCGUCUGAUUCAUGUGUUUUGUUUUGUUUUUUGUCCUGUGGUAGCAGAGCUGUGAUCAGCGUAGAAAGUCCUUUUUUUUUUUUUUUUUACAUAUAUGUACAUGGUGCUGUUUUUAUUUCUUAAAAAGAUCCUAUUUGCAGACUCAUCUCUGAAAAACUAAAAGUGCAUUUCUUUCAAAAUCUCGAGUCUUGAUCUCAUUGUAAGGCGACAGCUCCGACCAUGUCUCAGACGUCCCGACGUUGUGUGGAUUGUUUUUUUGUUUUUUUGUUUUUUUCCCUCUGUACACAGCUAACUUGCAACUCGACUCUAUCGGGCAAUCGGACAUGGACUCGUGGAUGUUUUUAAGGAAAGGUUCAAUUCUUUGUAGAUUUGGUGGAGAUGAAGAGAUGCAAAAAAAAAAAUUACACGAACCUUCCCUUUAAUAUCCACCCAGUCUGUUUGACGGCGUGAUCCGGCCCGCACCUAUAACUGUACUUGUUCAUUCACUGCAGGUAGACUAACGAUAAUAUAGCACUGUAUUGUAUCAUGGUAAAUCUGACUAUUUAUUUGAUUGUGUAGAAGCGGGGGUUGUAUCAGAUCAACCGUCUUUCUCCCCAGCAAAAAAAUGCCUUAAUGUAAAUAUAUGCACUGUAAAUACCUUUUUGUUUUGUUUGAUUUUCCUCUUUUUGUUAUUAUUUUGUAAAACAACAGGGCAAAAAAGA